AGGCGGGCGCGGAGUGUUCUCUUUUGCGGCGCCUCUUCGUGGUCCGGUCUCUUCGCCUGGGAUCCUGCCGUCAUUGUCAGCGCCGCCAUGAAGACCGCUCUGCUCUUGUCUCCGCUCCUCUGCCUGCUCUUCCUGGGACGGGCCUGCCUGGCCGGCGACGCAGAUAUCGAGGAGGACGAGGGCGUCCUGGUGCUCAAGACGGCCAACUUCGAGCGGGCGUUGGAGCAGCACCCGAACAUCCUGGUGGAGUUCUAUGCACCCUGGUGUGGUCACUGUAAAGCGCUGGCCCCUGAGUAUGUGAAGGCGGCAGCAAAAUUGAAAUCUGACAACUCAGAAAUCAGGCUGGCCAAGGUGGAUGCAACAGAAGAAUCAGAGCUUGCCCAACAGUUUGGUGUUCGAGGCUACCCUACUAUCAAAUUCUUCAAGAAUGGCGAUAAAUCAUCCCCUAAAGAAUACACAGCUGGCAGGGAAGCAGAUGACAUUGUCAACUGGUUGAAGAAACGCACAGGCCCAGCAGCCACUACCCUGGCAGAUGUAGCUGCUGCUGAGAAGCUGGUGGAAUCCAGUGAAGUUGCUGUGAUUGGGUUCUUCAAGGAUGCAGAAUCUGAUGCUGCCAAGCAGUUCUUGUUGGCAGCAGAGUCCAUUGAUGACAUUCCUUUUGGGAUCUCUUCCAACAGCGAUGUCUUUGCCAAAUACCAGCUCAGCAAAGAUGGAGUUGCCCUUUUUAAGAAGUUUGAUGAAGGACGUAACAACUAUGAAGGGGAGAUAACAAAAGAGAAUCUGUUGAACUUCAUCAAAUCAAACCAGCUGCCCUUGGUGAUUGAAUUCACUGAACAGACUGCACCCAAAAUCUUUGGAGGAGAGAUCAAGACCCACAUCCUGUUGUUCCUGCCCAAGAGUGUUACAGACUACCAGGGAAAACUGGAUAACUUCAAAAAAGCAGCCGAGAGCUUCAAAGGGAAGAUCUUGUUCAUCUUUAUAGACAGUGACCACGGCGAUAACCAGAGGAUCUUAGAGUUCUUUGGCCUCAAGAAAGAGGAGUGCCCUGCCAUCCGCCUCAUUACCCUGGAGGAGGAAAUGACCAAGUACAAGCCAGAUUCAGAAGAGCUGACUCCAGAAAACAUCAGGGACUUCUGCAACAAGUUCUUGGAGGGCAAAGUUAAGCCCCAUCUGAUGAGCCAAGAUGUUUCCGAUGACUGGGACAAACAACCUGUCAAAGUUCUGGUUGGGAAAAACUUUGAAGAAGUGGCCUUUGAUGAGAAUAAGAACGUGUUUGUGGAAUUCUAUGCUCCCUGGUGUGGCCACUGCAAGCAGCUGGCUCCCAUCUGGGAUAAACUAGGCGAGACGUACAAAGACCAUGAAAACAUCAUCAUUGCCAAAAUGGACUCCACAGCCAAUGAAGUUGAGGCCGUGAAAGUCCACAGCUUCCCUACCCUCAAGUUUUUCCCCGCAGGCCCUGGCAGAACGGUUGUAGACUACAAUGGCGAGAGAACGCUGGAAGGUUUUAAGAAGUUCCUGGAAAGUGGCGGAAAGGAUGGUGGUGUAGAUGAAGAUGAUCUGGAAGAUCUAGAGGAUGCUGAAGAGCCAGAUGCAGAAGAAGAAGAAGAAGAAGACGCAAACACUUUAAAAGAUGAACUGUAAAGACAAGUCCAAUCUGCAUAUCCCCAGACACUACACUGUGGCUGCCACUUCAUGCAGUUAAGCAAGUCCAGAUCCAACUUGAACCAGAAGGCAGAUGCUGUCUGAGAGUACAGGGAAUGGUCUAAAGUAACCCUUCAUCCUAACCUGUCUGUCAACUGAUUCCUCUAUUAUUAUUUUCAGUUUGGAAGAGGGAUCUGCCUAGGUAGCCAGCCCUGCUGGGUCUUCUCUCUCCUCCCCUCCCCCUUUUUACACACUGUGAUGUACAUUUUCUUUUCCUAGAGUGUUCUGUGAUCUGGGUAGAAGCAGAUUGAAAUGGCAACAUGUCCCAUUGCCUAACUCACUUUGGAGCCUCACCAGUAAUGCCGCCUUAAAACUUACUCACACUUGUCCAAAUGUCAUAAGCUGCUGUUGGCCCAGCAGGGUCUUGGAUACUGUCUCGGCUGUUUUUCAAUUACUAUUUCUCUUUUUGGGCUGCUUCGGUGUGGAGGAACCUACUAGGCUGACCACAGUGGUGGCAGUGGAAAGGGGAAUGAGCAGGUCCUCUUAACUCAUUGCAUGGUCUUGCUUCCCUUUUAUGCUGAACAGUAUAUGUAUCUCUCUCUCUUCCAAAGAUUAGGAUGGCAUAGAAGACUGUCCUUGAGGGGAAAGGACCCAAUUACUCCUGAGGCAAAACCUUAACUCGUGUUGCCACCUUGGCCCCUGAACAAACAAUAUGACUUGCUCUUUACACAUUUGCUUUGUGAAUGGGCCACCCAGGCAUUUACAGAGCUGUUUGGGAAGGGGCCUACCAGAAUGAAACAAAAAGGACACUCAAUAACUAGGCUUUUUUUGUGGGGGUACUUGAGAGCCAAGGAGUGAUGGGAGGACAAGAAUGUAUGUUGACAGAAUUUGAAUUAGUUUGGAGCAUCUAUGAUGCUAAUAGGAAUGGAACUCAUUGGCCAAAUAAAAGUUGAUUUUAAUACUA